AUGGGCACCAUCAGAAACACGCCCACUGCCCGAAAGAGCCGUGCAACUCGUGAGAAUGUCCGGCAAGAGCCGCCACGACGACCUGAGAAGAAGCAACAGCAGACUGUAGACGUGGAGAACGACUACUUCUCACUGAACCCUUGGUACAAUGAGCAAAAGUCAAAACCAGUCUUCGGUUUGGGCGCGCCUUUGCCACGCACUGUACGUAAGGAUUUGGAAGAAGAUUCAGAAGACUCUCAGGAGACGCUAGACGGCGUCGGUCGCCCACACCAACGACGCGACCCCUCGCAUUUCCAGACAACAGUCGACGGCCGCAAUGUCAAUAUGAAACGCGUGCCAACAAGUGAAGCUGAUCAGGUGCUUGGCCGCAACCAAGAACCAAACGCUCGCAGCCAUGAACAUCAUGAAGGUCAGGAACGUGCGCCCGUCAACGAGCACGGCUUGGAGUUCUCUGAUGGACGUGGGCAGCAGCAACACUUUGGUUUGCAAGACGGUCUUCCACCGCUCCAGGAACACGGUACGAAUAUGUCUUCACAGACUAAGCAGGAAGAGAAAGAGAUUCAACAACGGGAGCAUGAGGCAGAACGCGAGUUCUACAACCAAUAUCGCAACCCUAUCGCUAGGCUGCGAGCCAAGUAUCCACAGGCACCUGCCGAGUUCCUGGCCACGUUUGUGUACCUCCUCAUUGGACUUUGCGUCAAUCUGUCAGUCGCCACGUCCCAAGAAGGCACCGGCAGCUUCGAGACCCAAGCCUGGGGAUGGGGCUUCGCAGUCAUGAUUGGCAUCUACCUCGGCGGCGGUGUCAGCGGUUCACAUCUCAGUCCCACAAUAUCGAUCUCGCUAUCCGUCUACCGCGGUUUCCCCUGGAAGAUGGCCAUCGUCUACAUCUUCAUGCAGUUGCUGGCGGGACUUUGUGCCGGCGCUGUAGCUUACGCCCUUUACGCAGACGCUAUUCAUGCAGUAGACCCCGGUCUUACCCUGGAGAUGACCGGCAAGGCUCUCUUCCCUCAAGGACCCAUAUACUCCACCGCAACCGGCUUCUUCAACGACUUCGUCUACAUGGCCAUCUUCGUCUGCGUCAUCUUCGCACUCGGAGACGACCAGAACUCGCCUCCAGGCCAAGGCAUGACAGCCUUCGUCGUCGGUCUUACAGGUUUCGUCACCAUGAUCGGGCUUGGCUACAACACUGGUCUGGGUAUUUCACCAGCGCGCGAUCUUGGUCCAAGGCUCAUCGGAUUAUGGGUUGGAUACGAUUCGGCCUUUGAGAACGGGUACUGGGCGUAUGGUUCUUGGGGCGCAUCUAUUGCUGGUGCGCUAUGUGGUGGCUUGAUGUAUGAUCUUUGCAUCUUCGUGGGUGGAGAGUCGCCUGUUAAUUACAGGUGGCCGCAGCCGGGGGAUAUCAAGUGGAAGGCCAAGGAGAAGAAGGAUAAGGCGAAGGAUAGGAUUCAGCAGGUGGCGUGA